GUUUUUUUCGCGGAUCUCCUCCGAAAUCGCGUUUUUGCGCUGCUUUUCUCUUCGACUUCCCUUCCCUGCUUUUUCUUUAAGCCUCUCUGCAUGUGCCGUCCCCAACCCUAUUCGCGAGCAUCCUUUUCAAACAGAAAACGGCUGUGCAUAAAGACCGAGGGGUUCUCCAUCUCGGUUUUGCGGUGCUUCUCGCCGGCGCCGAGACACGCCAUCUUCCGUCUCGUUUUCUCUCUUCUCUCUGACCGUGUUGUUUCGUCCGUUCUUGUUUUGAUGCACUUCUCCGUUGCGUUUACCUGGGCUCUUCUCCGCUCCUCGCCUUCUGCGGAUGUGCAUGCAGUGCCCCGGUGUCUCUCCUCCAGGUAGAGAAGACCCCAGUCGUCUCUGCUGGCUUUUUGCUGAAAGAGGGAUUCGCCGUCUGUGCAGAAUCUCCGUCUUAUGCCGAGUAACCUCGUUGUCGUAGGAUCCUGAACUCGGACAGUUCUAGCUGCUCGCGGCGGCCAGCGUUUCACAGAAGCAUACAAAGAGGCGUCUUCUUUGUGCUUCGCUGCUUCUGCCUCAGAGCCGCGCGCGCGCUCUCUCUGACUUCCUCAUCGAGCAACAUGUCCAGACACCGAGUCCCCUCGAUGUUCUUUUCCUUCUUCCAGACGCUCGUGGAGCGUCAAACGCAAAUCAUGGUGGAGCUCAAAAAUGAUCUGCAAAUCACUGGCUCUCUCCACUCCGUCGACCAGUUUCUGAACAUCAAGUUGAACAACGUCUCAGUGGCCGAUCCGGAAAGGUGCCCCCAUUUGCUGUCGGUCAAAAACUGCUUUAUCCGAGGCUCUGCGGUUCGCUACGUCCACUUACCUCCCUCUGCCGUCGACGUUUCGCAACUGCAAGACAUGUGCCGCCGAGAGAGUGCAGGGAGCAACGACCGCGACAGAAAGUAGACAGCUUCCGACACUGUUCGCGCCGAUCCUGUCUGCGGUCCGCCUCCUUCAUUCUGCAGCUCCUUCAUUCUGCAGCUCCUUCAUUCUGCAGCUCUCCACUUCCUCCUCUCUCGGCUGAUGUCUGCCUUGACUCGUUCGGAUCGUGCAGCAUGCAUGCUCUGGGGUGCUCACUCCACGCCCUUUGAAGAGGAAACGUUUCUCCGACCUCAUCAGCGGUUCUCGUAAAGCGUCGUCAUGGACGCAUGCAUGCAGUGAAAAACCGCGCAAGAAACUGACCCUUCACAGGGCUUCGCCUCACUCUCCACCCCCCAAAACGUACCUGCAUGCACAGAGGCACUUACUCCUGUGUGCUUAUACCCUUCACGAAUGUAUGCGCCCUUAAAAAUAUUUAGACAUAUGCAUGUGCAACGGUGUCCUUGAACAGUCCUGAGGCACCGUUACAUGUACUAAAGAACACACAGGUGCUCUCGCAGACCUGAGCAGACAUUUCUCUUCGAGGUAGCAGAUUAUGGAAGACGGAUUUCCUCUCGAUACCACCAAGGAGACUGCUAAAGAAGCCGACGCCGUCUUCGUUGUGAUUCCCUGGAGAAGUUGUGCAGUUCUCAACGCGUCCGCACCCACACAGCGUCUUAUUCCUACACCGAUAGGAAAGAAGGAGGGGGGGACUUUUCUCGCGUUUCGUUGCCGGGGGAAAUGCAUGCGCUUUUCUGUCUCGGCACCUGCAAUGUUUCUUGUCCAUUUGAUUCUUACGCUCAACAGUCGAACGUGAGAUAUAUUACCUUGAACUCAAUACUGGAUAAACGGAUGUCGGAAAUCCGCUGUCGAGCUGUGGUGGACACCGAUGUAUGUCUUCCGUUCUGCCAAGAAGAAUCUCAGAUGACUCUGAAGCUCAUUGUUGCAGUGAUACGUAGUGCUCAAUUCGUUGAGGUUCUGCAGGCAUCAUCUUCAUCAACCAUUACAUAUAAUGCCUCUGUUUAUUCGAAUCAGGUUGUACAGUUCUGGAUCGCAGACCAUUUGUACAGAACUGUGC